AACUUAAAAGCAGUGCGCAGAGAGAGAAGAAAACCCCCGCUGGUCUAAAAGCCCCUUCGGUUCUAAAAUCCAUUUCUUGCUCGAAAAUGGCGAUUUUGUCUUCUUCGUUCCUUUCAAAUAAUAUAAUGUCUUCACUCUUCGGCAGCUCCAGUUUGGCCGGCCCAUUAGCUCUGGUGCGCACUUUAGCCUCCACACAUACUCUUAUCCGCCGCAAUUCUCACUUGUUUACACGCGCAAAUACACCACCAACAAGAAGAAUCUUCUGCUCUCAAUCUUCUGCUGUUACAGUGCAUAAUACCGCUAUUUCUUCAAAUGGAAACCCCGAGUAUGGUCGCUUGCUACCUUGCCCUUCACACCAUGGACCACCAAGAAUUGAACACUUGGUUGUUAAAGAUGGAGGGACUGUUCUUGAAUAUAUUUGCAAAGUUUUGGAUCUCCCCCCUCUGUUUGUUGCAGAUCUCAUUCAUUUUGGUGCGGUAUAUUAUGCCCUUGUUUGUCCAAAACCUCCUCCCACUGCAACUCCAGAGGAAAUUGAUUUGUACAAACAAUAUACAGAUCCAGCAGUUCUGAGUAAGAGAGUAUCAAUCAAAGGAAAAACCGUGAGGGAAGCACAAAAAACGUUUAGAAUAACUUCUGGUGACGAGUUUGUUGAAACUGGAACGUACUUACGGGUUCAUGUACAUCCAAAACGCUUCCCACGGUGUUAUGAGAUUGAUUGGAGAUCAAGAAUUAUCUCAGUAACCGAGUCCUAUGUUGUCCUGGAUAAACCUGCUGGUACAUCAGUAGGUGGGACCACAGACAACAUUGAAGAAACUUGUGCAACAUUUGCCACUCGUGCCUUAGGGUUGACUGAUCCACUAAUGACUACUCAUCAAAUUGACAAUUGCACUGAAGGCUGUGUUGUACUAGCUAGAACAAAGGAAUAUUGUUCUGUUUUUCAUGGAAAAAUCCGGGAAAAAAAGGUAAAGAAGCUUUAUCUUGCUCUUACAGCUGCUCCAGUGCCAAUAGGAGUAAUUACUCACUACAUGCGUCCAAUCAAUAUUGCACCGCGACUUGUUUCCGAAGAAUUCACAACAAGAUGGUUUUUAUGCCAACUAGAAAUCUUAGAGUGUAAAAUGGUUCCGUGGCCAAAUGCUGAUAUUGAAGAUAAAUAUAGUAUUGAGGAUUGUGGAUGGCCUUCCCAAGAGUUUGCGUAUGAGUGCAAGAUAAGCCUAUUAACAGGUCGAACCCAUCAGAUUCGAGCACAAUUGGCUGCUUGUGGUGCACCAAUCGUGGGUGAUGCGAUGUACAUGCCAGCUGCAAAGGCAGAGAUUUCAAGGCCUGGACUUAAUCCACUCGGGAAGUGCAAGAAGCAGUAUGCAAGCGAAAAUGACAGAGAAGUGGGAAUUGAAGAUUGGAUUGCAUGUCAUGGAAAGGAACCUCGAAUUGCUAUUGGUCUUCAAGCAUGCCAAAUUUCAUGGGAUGACGGGGAGCAUUUUUAUGAAGCAAAAUCUCCUUGGUGGAGAUAAAAUACAUGGUUGCUAUUUGCUAGAUGAUUUGUGUUACUUAAUUUUGUUAGGUUAUGUUUUAGGAUUUUUUAUUAAAACAUAUGAGGUUGAUGUUUUUGUGCAUGCUGCUUAAAUUCUGUCAGUGGCCCAAGUUGUUGCCAUCUCUAGUCUUUAUUCAUUAUAUUGACAUUUCGUGCU